AGAAUAGAAGGGAAAAUUCGGAUAGCUCAGUGCAGCGGAUAAAAGAAGACGAAGUUGAAUCUUAUCUGCACAGACUGUGCAGUGUAUCCACUUCGCUGGUAAUAAGAGGCGUUGAGAAUGUUGAGUCUCUCAGUUGCUUCGCCUUCUUCUUCAACCAUUUCCUUUCUCCCAAAGCCGUUACCGUUCAAAUCCUCCUUCAGUGGCAUUCAGCUCCGUGGCACUGCCACAUGCUCCAUUCCACCCACCAAACGCACCGCUUCGGUGCCGGUGGUGAUGAUGUCUAAGAGGGUGGAGGAAUUGAAGGAAAUUAGACAAAUGACCACCGAACAAAUUAACGAAGAGGUUGUCGACCUCAAGGGCGAGCUUCUCAUGCUUCGCCUUCAGAAAUCCGCUCGCAACGAGUUCAAGUCCAGCGAUUUCGGCCGCAUGCGCAAGAGGAUUGCUCGCAUGCUUACUGUGAAGCGGGAAAGAGAGAUUGAGGAGGGUAUUGGUAAGAGGUUGUCCAGAAAGCUUGAUAAAAAAUGGAAGAAAAGCAUUGUUGUAAGACCACCUCCAUCUUUAAAGAAGCUUCGGGAAGAAGAAGCAGCAGCAGAAGCUGCAGAGGCUGAAAAAGCUGCAUGAGCUAACAUAAAAUAUGCCUGCAAGUUAUAGAGUUUAAUGAUUAAAAUUAUUGUUCAGUUGUAAUUUUCUUGUUUAGAUGGAUGUUGUUUUCACGUGUAUAAUAUCUUGUGGUAAUUUUUGUUUGUUCUUGCCAGACGGUUUGUGCCUUUUAUUUUGUAACGAAAGAUGCAUGAUUCAUAACCUUCAGAUUAGGUAAAUCAUUUUUUUUACUCUGGUA